AUGGCGCGGAGUCAGCCGCGUGUCGUUUCCAUUGGCGAUGUCUCCAUGUCCGCCUCAGACAACCUAUCGCCCUUGGUUCCAACUGUUCCACCUCGACGUGGUGGCUUGCUUCGAGAGGGCACCGACCUUUCCUCCUCAGAGCUGGCGCCGCUCCGCUGGAUGAUGCAGAAGGCCCUGCUGCGGCAAGACAUGUUCCUGCUUGGGCCACCAGGGCCUUUGCUGAGGCACACCGUGUUUCGCUUCUGUGAGCUUCUCCGUCGUGAGGUAGAGUACGUUGGCAUUACCAGGGACACAGGCGAAGCAGAUCUGAAGCAGCGCUGCGAGAUUGUCGACGGAAGCGUGAAGUACGUUGACCAAGCUCCUGUGCGAGCAGCCAUCCACGGCCGAAUCUUGGUGCUUGAAGGCAUCGAGAAGGCCGAGCGGAACGUGCUUCCGCUGCUGAACAACCUCCUCGAGAAUCGUGAGAUGUCACUGGAGGACAGGCGCUUCCUCCUUGCGCCUGCAAGGGCCAAACAGCUGCGAGAGCAGUUUGGCAGCGACCAGGAGUUCUCGCAGCUUGUGCCAGUGCACGAAGACUUCUUGGUAGUAGCUUUGGGUUUGCCGGAGCGAGGGAAUCCUUUGGAUCCUCCACUGCGCUCGCGCUUUGCGGCGCUGCAGCUCCGACCAUCCCUGCCCUCGGAGCUGGUCAGCCCGCUUGCGCAGCUGGCACCAUUAUUGCCAAUCUCUAGCGUGGAAAGGCUCUUAACGGCAGCAUCCACUCUGCAAGAUCUAGCCGAGGGCGCUUCGGACGCCUUCAAGAUUCCAGGUCUUGACGUCGCCAGCCUUGGAUGCGCAGUGCGCGUACUCCAAGCAUUUCCAGGAGCGGACAUGCGCAGCGUGUUCCAGCGCGUCUACCCCGCGUACGGGUUUGUGCGUAUGCAAGAGCCGGAGCUGACUACGAUCAAGAAGGUCGUGGCGGAGCUCCAAAACGACAGAACCUCGGUGAGCUACUCUCUUGAGGCGGUGAGCCUUGCGAGGGAGGAGAACAAGCUGCCAGCAGCCCGCUUGCGCUUCCGGAAGUUUAUGUCGGGAGAGCCAGUGGCUGAUGUGGUCGAGGCUUUGGCGGCAUGUGGGCCAUUCCUGAGGGCAGAAGACGAGAGCACGCCUGUCACUGCAAAUGAGGGUGUUGCUGCAGGAAAGGAGGAGGCCGAGGCAGAUCAGCUGCGGUCUUUGAGCGCCAAGGAGCUGAGAUCCUGGUUGUCUGCCUGCGGUGUGUCUCACGUGGGUUGCUUUGAGAAAGCAGAGUUCCUUGCAAGGGCCCAGGACCACCUCAAGAAGCUGCAGGGAAGUAAUCCGAUUCCCCGACCGGUGGGAGCUCUGUCCAGGCUGAUAGAGGGCCUCAUCCUGACCCCGUCCCAGGCUUCCCUGCUUUCGGACUUGCUCGCAGAUCACUCUGCCGGGGCGGACUUGGCUUUGGUGGGCGACAAGGGCUCCGGCAAGUCUGCAAUCGUUCGGGCUUUUGCCUCCUUGCUUGGCUACAGGACGCGUAGCCUGUUCUGCUACCGGGACAUGAGCUCCCGGGACCUCCUGCAGCGUCGCGUGACAGACCCGGCCGGCAACACAAAGUGGAGGGACUCUCCGAUCGUCGAGGCAGCUCUUUGUGGCGACCUGGCUAUUCUCGAUGGUGCUCAUCGCUUGGCCAAGGGCAGCCUCUAUGCCACAUUGGCACCACUGCUUUCUGACAGAGCAUGCGCUCUUCCUGACGGAACGCUCCUCUGCUCUCCGCACUUCUGGGAGACGAGGUCAGAGGGCGGCAACCUGGCAGGCUUGGGCGUGCGCCAGGUGCAUCCGGCCUUUCGGCUCAUUGCCUGUGGGGAGAGUCCCGAGUCAGGGACAUCACAAGCCUGGAUAGACGAGGAGGUCUCGACUCUUUUCCACUUCCAUGCGAUCACAGCUUUGCCCAGCCACGAGCAGCGAAGCUUGGCGGCUCGAUGUGCUGGCGUUGUGGCCUCCAAAGUGAAGGACAAGCCCAUCGACCAGCUGCUUUCUUACAGUGAAGCUGCCAAAGCUGCAGUCUCGAAGGAUGCAGAUCUGAAGCCUCUCCAACUAAGCCUUCGUGCACUCCUCCGAGCCUCCAGGCAUCUGUCCCUCAGACCGGAGGAUACAGCAGGUGCCAUGGCCCGGGCGUUCUCCGCGCGCUUUGCGUUGCUACCAGGCCCUCAGCGGCUGCUUGGUGAGAAGAUGCUGGCGGAGGCAGGGAUCAUCCGUCCUGCGCCGCGCGAGACCGACCUGACGGCUUCUGAAGAAGCGGGAGAGUUGCAAGUGGGCGGCGUGCGCUGUCGACUACGCACGCCAGUCCGACCAGAACUUGUGCCGAAGGUCCAUUUUAUCGAGACCCCAGCCCACAUGGCUGUGUUGCAGAGCAUGCUGGUGAGUUGGACGGCGGGGCAGCAUCUUCUGCUGGUUGGAAACCAGGGGGUGGGAAAGAACAAGCUUGCAGACCAUUUGCUCGGCCUUCUUCAUUGCGAGCGGGAGUACGUCCAACUCCACCGCGACACAACCGUACAGAGCUUGACCUUGACCCCCACACUGGAGGCUGGUGUGGUUGGUUGGCAGGAUUCGGCACUCAUACGUGCCGCCCGCGCAGGGAGAUGCUUGGUGGUGGACGAGGCUGACAAGGCUCCUUUGGAGGUGGUCUGCGUGCUGAAGGCCCUGGCAGAGGAUGGCGAGCUAUCGCUUCCAGACGGCCAUACCUUGGUGCGCUCGAGCGACUCGAGGCUUGCAUCUGCUGGCGAGAAUGAGUUCCUUCCAAUUGCGGAUGGCUUUCGGAUGAUCGUCCUGGCCAACAGGCCAGGCUUUCCCUUUCUCGGAAAUGACUUCUACCGGGUUUGUGGAGACGUCUUUGAUUGUCAUGCCGUGGAAUGCUUGGACACGGAGAGCGAGCUGGAGCUCCUCCGGCAAACUGCGCCACGAGUGCCGCAGGAAAAGCUUGCCGCUCUGUCCAACCUGUUCAUGGACCUGCGACAGCUCUCAGACUCUGGGCAACUGACUUAUCCGUACUCCACUCGUGAUUUGGUCAAACUUGCUGUUCACGCGCAGAAUUUUCCAGGUGAUUCCUCAGAAGAGCUGGCAGCCAAUGUCUUCGGCUUUGAUGCGUUCCAGGAGGAUCAGCGUCAUCACCUGCUCAAGGUCUUACGCCGCCACGGAAUUGCCAAGGGCAAGGCGGGCGAGGCCGAAUUAUUUGGAGAACGUCGUGGAAGAAGGAACCUCCAACUCAUCGAAAGCUCCGGUCAGGCUCCUGUGACUUGA